CCGUCGGGCUGCCCAGCGGCGUCCUGUCAGCGUGGGGCCGGGCUGCGAUUGGCUCCCGGGGCCCGGCCGUGCAUCGUUCGGAUUUCAUCACAUCACCUUGCCCUGGGUAGAAAUGGCGCAAGCUGACACGGCGUAACCCCCUACUUACAUUGAGUCAGAGCCGCGAUGUAGAAAUCUCUGGAUCCGCGCCUGGCUGUGUGUGCACAUGUGUGUGGCAUCUGGAGAUUCUGCUGAAAGUGAGAGCCGUGUGAGCAAGUUGAGCGGCCAGUAGGCAUCUGCUGGGACCUGGGCAGUGGCCCGCGCUGCCUUCCAGCGUCCAGCUCACUCGCCCCGGCCCGCGCGUGCCUGCCGCGAGCCUCGGCCGGCGGCGGGCGACCAGGUAACAGACCUUGAACCCUUCAGCCGAACGCCUGUUUGGAGAUGCAGACCGCGCUUGCUUUUCUGGGCCUGUUAACACCUGACGGGGCUGCCCCUCGGGUCCCAGCUCCCAGCCAGCAGCCACAGCCAGGCAGCCUCGGCGGCGGGCGGGCAGGCGGCUAGGUGGCUGCUGGCUGGCUGGCUGGCGGCGGGGGUGUCGGCCUUGCUCCUGCACUUCUGAGUAAGCAUUCGCAGCCUUCCCUGUAAGGGCCUGGGCAUUGCUCUGUGCUGCACGUUUGGGUCUGCACGGCCAGUUGAGGGGCCUCGCAGGGCUUUGCCAGCCCAGCCCAGGGCUGGGGAAGGGCAGAGAGUAAAGCAAGAGGCUCAUUCUUCACGAAAGACACUUCCAGGACACACAAGUGCAGCCGGCAGACCCACCCACCACAUUUCGAGCAUCUGGCUUUCCAGCUCCUCUUCUCGCACCCCUCUUUCUGCAGAUGAAGAAACUGAGGCCUGACACGGAAGUCACUUGCUCAUGGCCACACAGCCAGGUGGAGCCAGACUCAGGAUUCAAACGUGUAUCUUGUCUCUUGUACAAGGAUUUGGGGUUCAGAGAGCGGGUCCUCCUCCUUGAGGGAACUGCAGGCCGUUUCCCCCAGCAUAGAAGGGUGUGUGUUCAUCUGACAUCACAAAUUCCCUGCAUGGCCAUCGUGAAAGCUCUCAGAGCGUUAAUAACGCGGGGUCUUAAAACUGCAGACUCCCUGGUCUGAAAUACACCGCGCUGAGUCUUAACGAAUUGGACUGGGGUAGCAAAGUGACAAGUUAAGAGUUAAAUGUGGCGAGAACCUGGCAGCCAGCAAGAUGUAUACGUAGGAGGGAGGCCCAGGCCGCUGAGAGGAUGCUCUGACGUGAGCUAAGGUCACUAACCGCAAGGGCUCUUUACCACCAUAAGUGCCACUCUGCCCCCAGCUCGAGACUCGCGGCAAAAUGGACGCCGCCGUGACAGACGAUUUCCAACAGAUCCUGCCCAUUGAACAGCUGCGCUCCACGCACGCCAGCAACGACUACGUGGACCGGCCCCCGGCGCCCUGCAAGCAGGCCCUGUCCAGCCCUUCCCUGAGCGCGCAGACCCACAAGUCCGACUGGUCCCUGGCCGCCGCGCCGGCCGCGCUGCCCCGCAGCCUCAGCCAGUGCCACCAGCUGCAGCCCUUGCCCCAGCACCUCAGCCAGUCCAGCCUGGCCAGCUCCGUGUCCCACAGCACCACUGCCUCCGACCAGCGCCUCCUGGCCGGCCUCACGCCCUCGCCGUCGGGCCAGUCCAUCGUCCGAACGCAGCCGGGGCCUUUCCUGGCCCUUCGCUUCCUCAACUGCGAAAUGAAGAUAAAGCCGUGUGAAGAGUCUGUGACGGUGCUGCACAGAUGCUGCUUUUGA